AUUGAAAGGCCAAAAGAUAAUAAAUAUAUGAAUAUAUUAGUACAUAUAAGUGUUUCUUUAUGCUAUUUCGCGACGUGCUUUUGCAAUAAAAUAAUACUGUAAAUCGAGUAAAUAAUUAUAAAAUUAUUUAUUAGCAAGAUUUAAUUUUGUACCGCAUUUAUUGAUUAUUGUUUCGCGAGCAUCUGUGCAUUAGUCUUUUUUCAUAUACAAAUAAUGUUCCCGUAAAAGUAUAAAUAUACGUUUAUCUUGCAAAUAUUUAUAUAUGUCAUCUCGUGCUAGACCAUGAAAAUGAAGAAUAACAGAAUGUAAGUCUGUCGUGAUAGAAAAAUUUAAGCCGACAAGACAGUCUUCCCACGUGGUCGCGUUUAAAUGGCUAAUUUGUUGGGAUCAUGAGGGGAUUUUAAAGGGAAUGUGAGGCGCGGUCAUGAGGGCACAAAGGACAGAAACGCUCGGAGAAAAAUCCUCCCUAAGUGGAGGGGAUACGAGACCCUGCCUGUUGAUUCGCAGUCCCCAUACUAUUCAUCAGUAACAAACGCGCCGUAUAGAAAAUCGGAGCACAAAGACACGAGAGUAGCAGUCCCUGAGAACUAAGGGACUAUUUAUCCAUCGUCUUUUUCAGUUAAUAUUUUUCGACGUUACAAGAAAAAACUAUAACUUUGGAAUUUUGGACAACAAGUUUUUGCAUUGAAAAAGACUCCGUGAAGCGCGUAGAUCGUUGGCCGGGAAGCUAAGGGAGUGAGAGAAGUGAUCGACGAAGAAAACGGCCACUGGGAGUUCAGGGUGCACAUGCUGCAGAGACGAGGAUCAGUGUUUACGGAGACACGAGCGUCGCUAUGAGACCGUGGACGAACAAGUCGCUCGGCCUUGGCAUCUUAGGGCUCUUUCUGGUAGCCCUUGGCAUCUCUCUCUGCUUCUUGUGGCCAAUAUUCUUCCAUUAUAUAAUUCAAAAAGGAUUGUUUCUAUCGCCGACUUCCAAUACCUUCGAAAUAUGGAAUGACACCAGCAAAUUACCGCCGUUACUCUUCAAGGUAUACCUCUUUAAUUGGACCAAUCCGGAGCAGCUCGGUAUAAAGAAGCCGCAUUUUGAUCAGCUUGGUCCUUAUUGCUUCAGAGAGGUGAGGCAAAAGGACAAUGUUAUUUUUCAUCAUGAAAAUCAGACUGUUAGCUACGUUCAACGACGAUUAUGGUAUUUCGAUGCAGAGCACACCAAUGGAAGUCUCAGCGACAUUGUCAGCCAGGUGGACGUAGUCGCUAUGUCGGCAGCGCACAAAAUUCGAUACUGGGAAUUCGAAUGGCAAAAAACCUUAUCCCUCUUGUUAAGCACCAGAAAACUCUAUAGCCGCCAAACAGUGAACGAACUACUAUUUACAGGUUACAAAGAUAGCAUACUCACCAUGGGCUCGGCAAUGGUAAACGACCCCGAUAUACCGAUGUUUGAUCGUUUCGGCUGGUUCUACAUGAGAAAUGGCAGCACCAUGUUUGAUGGACACUUAAAUAUGGAAACAGGCGAGGAUGAUAUCAGUCAGUUGGGAAUCCUGAGAAAAUGGAAUUAUAAAGAUACGACGCAACACAACAAGAGUCCAUGCAAUGUUAUUGAAGGCAGUGCGGGUGAAUUUUGGCCACCUAGAAGGACAAAGGAUGACAUCACUCUGUUUAGCGUAGAUAUAUGCCGUCCGCUAUUCUACGAAUAUGAAAGAACAACUUCUCACUUUGGUAUCGAAGGUUAUCGAUACACUAUUGACAAAAAAACCUUAGGUAAUGCCACGAGGCGACGUUACCCUCACGAUCAAGCGAAGUUUUUUGAACCGACUACGAUCACCGAGAACUUCUUCGAAAGCGAGCAUAUAACCAUCUCUGGCAACACGGAAUUCAUGGGAAGUACCUUCAACAAUUAUCCCUCCGAGAAUACAGAUGAAUAUUCCGACAAUGAUCCGGACGUUAUUAACAUCGGUAAUUGCUACUGUAAUGGCGAGUGCACGCCAUCGGGUCUGCUAAACAUAACAUCGUGUCGUUACGGCGCGCCAGUCUUCAUGAGCUUACCUCACUUUUACAAGGCUGAUCCAGCCGUUCUCGACGCGGUCGAGGGGUUGAGACCCAACGCCAAGGACCACAGCUUCUCCAUCACUCUAGAACCCACAACAGGAAUUCCUUUGGAAGUAUCAGCUGCAUUGCAAGCUAAUAUUUAUCUACAUUCAUCGGAGGUUGUGUCACUCUACAAAAACAUACCAAAUAUCUAUAUACCAAUGAUAUGGUUCACAUUGAAAGCAGAAAUUACCGAUGAAAUGGCGUCUAAUUUAAGAAUAUUACUAGCAUUUCCAACUGUGAUGCUAUGCAGCGGUAUAGUUAUGACAAUCAUUGGAUUAUGUUUAAUUGCCGCCGUAGCGCUUCUUUAUCUCGCAAAGAAACAACGUAUGGUACCAACGGAUGGCACGAUAGAAAAAAUGGUCGACAACGCUGAGAAGAAAACGGAAAUGGUGUAUAUGGAUAAAAUGACUAGCAACGAAGAUGAUAACGUCAAAACCGAUCGCCGUUUGUACGCGAGAAACAUAGUAAAUGUUUCUUCAGAGAACCAUGCCUCUGAAAUGGAUACGUAAACGGUGUGGGAAAUUCUUGACAUGUGAAGUUAUUCAUGUGUUUAUUUAAGUGAAUUUUCAUAUGUUUUUAUAACGACUAGACACACUGUUCCAAGAUAUAAAUUUUUAUUUAACGGAGUGUAAGUAACACACAACACCAAUAGAAUAUUUGCAUUCGCGAUAUUAAUGAUCUGCAAAAGUUAAUAACAAAAAAAAUCGCAGAUAAUUAUAUAAAAUAGGGUUAUUAUGGUUAUAAUUACGAUAUCGUGUAUAAUUGAUAUUGAUGUAAACGAAUUACACCUCGAAUCAAUAUUCAUUAGCUCGAUGAUGAUAAAUUUAUAUGAUAUUAAAAUAUCAAUCCUCUAAUCACGAGCUAAAUUAUUUUCGAUCGGAGUGUAAUCUCAUAGAUAUGUUAGAUAAAGUGUCAAAGCAAAUACGCGGAGAGACACACGCAUAUAAGACCUUUUAUCGAACAAUGAUUACUCAUCUCGUAAUCUUUGUAAAAAGAAAGAAAUGCAGACAAAUUUUUCUUCUUUUUUUAAUUCGCUUCGAGAUCGUAUUAGUUUUACGAAUAUUGAAGUCAUCGUGAUUGUUACAUUCCUGGGUGACGUACGGAUAUAGAUAUAGCGUGGAAGAUACGUGUGGAAUGAUAUUAUCGUCUUGAUAAAUUUUUGGUAGGCGAAGACUGACAACGAAGUCCACGAUCGUUUUAAAGCUUUAAUUAUUUUCUUUUCAAUUUAUUAAUUUAAAAGACAUGUUUACGAUUAAAAUGCGCGAUUGACUAAUCAAGAAUUGCAAAGUAUAUUUUAAUCCAAUUAUUCUAGUUCAUAAUAUAUCGUGAUGUAAAACUGAAAUUGCCUCGAUCAUAUAAAUAAUCUAUAAAUAUUUAUAAAUUAAUCUACGCGAUAGAUAACUAGACGAUUUUCCAAUCAUCGGCAUUAAAAACAGAGUUAACGCUACAAUCGAAUACAGUAAAUCAAAGAUAAAAGACCUUUAGAAUAACAAAUACACAUGACACUGCAACGAAACCGAAUUUAUCUUUUGCUCGAAUUCAGGUGGACUAUUAUUGCCCUUCUAAGUUGUUCAAACUUUUAGGUAUUAAUGGGCCGUACAAAAGAUAUACAACGAAAUAUACAACGAAUUCUGUCAGUAAAUUAAGCAUAUAGAUAUAGGAAAUAUAGAAUAUAUAUGAUAUUUAAUUGCAAAUAUAUGAUAUAUAAUAUGCUAUUCUUGUAUGACAGAGUAUCUGUGACGUGCCUUGGUAUUAUAAUUGUAAUUGUCCUCCUACGAGUUUUCGGCACUUUAUUUAGACAAGUAUUUAGAUAUUGACAUACCAUAAUCUCGAGAUAACGACGUGGCUUCUUCACGAAGCAUACUUGAACCAAUGUAAAUGACAUCUCUCUCCUAGCCGGUUGAUAUAGAAUUAGUAAAAUCCACACAAACAUUGGACAUUUUCUUCUUAACAAUGUUUCUUUUGACGUGUUACCAUUUAACGUGUAAUGUAAUACAUGUAAUGUAAUGUGCGCGCUGCCCAAUGUUAAGUUAUUGUGCCAACCUUUUGUUACAAUAUACAUCUCUAGGAUAAGUUUUAUAUGACAGAAUUUGUGUGAUACUCUCUUGGAAUUAUUUGUAUUUGUAGAAGAACAGUCAUUUUUACAAGUGCCAAUGACGUUUAAACUAAUUAUAAACAUUAUGUAUCCGACGAUGAGAAUCGCGGCAAAUGUUACCAAUUUUAGCGUAAUCUUGUAUAAGUGCAAUCGGUGAAAAUGUAUUAUACAUUUUUAUGUCAAAAUAUAGAUAUGUUGAUCAUGAUUACAAUUGGACAAAGUCAAUUUUAUAUUAUAUUUUAAUAAAAAUUACCAUUUUUAUAUGAU